AUGAGCGCAUGGGUCGGAGGGGAUGAGAGAUCGAAGUGCACGGGUGACAAGAAAAUGUCGAUUCAAGGGCGCAAUCUGUCCGAUAACCUGGUUUCCACCGAGUAUUUUGGUGCUUUGGAGACCGAUGGCUACUCGCCGAUCGUUACCGGCCUGCCCCGGUUCACCACCGUCACUUCCGGCAUCGCGAACGUCAGCCUGCCGUUCGGCCAGCAGUCGAGCCAAGACCGCCUCAUGAAGACUCUGAUUAUACCGCUUUACGGUAUAAUCUUCUUCCUCUCCAUCGUGGGGAACUCGUUGGUGCUCAUCACCCUGGCGAAGAACAGAAAGAUGCGCACGGUGACGAACGUGUAUCUGCUGAACUUGGCUAUCUCGGAUCUUUUACUGGGCGUCUUCUGCAUGCCUUUCACUCUUCUGGGCCAGAUCCUCAAGAACUUCAUCUUCGGUCUCACAAUGUGCAAGCUGAUACCAUAUUUUCAAGCCGUGUCGGUGUCGGUGGACGUCUGGACGCUGGUCGCUAUUUCGAUCGAGCGCUACUUCGCCAUUUGCCGACCGUUGAAGUCGAGACGAUGGCAGACACGAUUCCACGCUUACAAAAUGAUCGCUAUCGUGUGGAUUCUGAGUUUCACGUGGAACGUACCGAUCCUCGUCAUGUCCCGAUUGAAAAACCUACAAGGAGGUAGGCACAAGUGUCGCGAGGAGUGGCCGAGCGUCGGCUCCGAAAGGGCGUUCAAUCUUUUUCUGGACGGCACGCUGCUGCUGGUGCCCCUGCUGUUUAUGAGCCUGGCUUACUCCCUGAUAGCGGUGAAACUUUGGCGCGGCCUCAAGCGCGAGUUACGGCAGUCAUCGACGUGUACCAGAAGACUGGAGAGAACGAGAUCCGCCACGCCGAUACGGGGCUCGGCUUAUAACAACACGAGCGAUCGCGGCGCAAGCUCAACGAUGGUGUUCGGUGCUUGCGGGUCAACUUCCAGAUUGCGGCGAGGCUUCUCGUCCUCCUCGGGACACUUCCAAGGCGCGCCUCCAGGUGUACCGUCUAGGGUGCGGUUACAACGGACGGUGGUCUCCAGGGUGCUUGCCGGCAAGUGUCACGGUACAGAUUUGCCCCAGCGAUCCAGGAUCCAGAUACGGGCGAACGGAAGCGAAUGCUUGGUGCGGGACGGGAAGGACACCGCUAACGAGGAUCAACAGGAUUCGAUUUGCCCGCUCAGCAGACAACACAUGAUACGUAGCAAUUACAUGGGAAAGAGCAUCGAGGCGAAGAAGAAGGUGAUCCGCAUGCUCUUCGUGAUAGUCUUGGAAUUUUUCGUAUGCUGGGCGCCGUUGCACAUAAUCAAUACGUGGUACAUUUUCGCGCCCGACCUGGUGUACACCGUCGUCGGCAGCACCGGCAUCAGCCUGGUGCAGCUGUUGGCCUAUGUUUCCAGUUGCUGCAAUCCCAUCACGUAUUGCUUCAUGAACCGAAAAUUUCGUCAGGCGUUCCUCGAGCUCUUCAGCUGCCACCGCUGUUGGAGGGUAGGUUGCAGACACAGGGACAUCGCACUGGCGACCACCGGAAACGCCGUGCAGGCUAGCAAUAACAGCGGAUUAAGCGGAAAUGACUCAACCGUGUACCUGGGUAGAGCGUCCAUUGCCGCCAGAUCAGAGGUGAUACGAUUGCUGGAGGAGGAAGAUCGCGUCUAGGUCGUGUGAAUUAUACGACGGUGACCCGACGGUUCUCCACUCACUUGCGGAGAUUUCGCCCCCGAUGGCCAUCGGCCCCAGAAAAUAGUAAGGAACCCGCGUGUGUCCGCGCGCCUCAUUGCUCAUCGAAAUCUUCCUGCGUGCACAAUCUCAACUUCCUUUUACGAUCGACCGAAGCGAAACGUGUCAAUGUGAUUCCCGAAGUUUAAAGCGAACGCAUACACGUUCUUGGCCUAACUUGGAAAUCUGUCAGAUCUCACUUUUGUAGCUUUAGUUUUGGCUCGCCAAAAAGCUGAAAAGGAACUCGUCAGGGAGAGAAAGGCACGCGUUGCAUCUCUUCGCGCGUUCGGGUGUUAUUUUUGUAUUACAUACAUCGGAUCGGUCGUUCGCGCGGCGCUCAGACAGUUCGAAGGCGGGAAAAAGGGAAUAAUCUCAUCAUCGGUGUUUUUGUACAAAUUAGCGAGUGCAAGAUUUUGCAUUGUAUAAUCUUUCACAUGUGUAAUAUUUAUGUGUAUAAAAUGUGUAAAUGAAUCAAUCGGUCGCCGGGUGUAAAGGCGUCCUUGCGACCUGGCGAUCCGCAAAAUUCAUGAAAUUGAUAUUUGUCAGUAGACUAUUGAAAAUAUAAUCGAUCCUCAAUGGAGGCGGAAUACUCCAAGAUAGUGGACGCAAAUAUUUUGAAAAUUGUAUUUUCGCAUUUCAAUCCUCUAAAUACAGGGUGCAUCUGAGUUCCACCGACAAACCCACAGGAUAGAUUCUACAUAAGGAAGUAAGUAAAAAAUAAAUAUAUGUCUUCAAACAUUUAGUUUCUGCGAUGUAGCUGCCGGGAUUUCAGUUUAAAACAAUUUGUUUUAUUCAUUAAAUCGUGUUUCGCAAAUAAGCAACUAGACACAUACUGUUAGAAAAAUUGUUUAAAAUGUCUGCCUCUCUUAUAAAUACACAAUUGACAUCCGUGAGGUAAAAACGCGCGUAUAUGCUCGAAUAUUGCUGCAUUAUUUCAAGCUUUCUUUAAUUUAGUUUUCUUUUAUCGUUGUCAUCUUCUGAAGACUAUAUCUAAAACCAAGCUUUCGCGAACAUAUAUUCGCCAAUACACGUUUUAAUCUAUUUUUAGAAUCUGCCCUAUAAAUUCGUCGGUAGAAUUCAGAUACACUUUAUAUUUGGAUACAAUACAAGUGUAUUCGUUCUCCAUAAAAAUUUACUAUAACGCAGUAGACGACGACACCCGGGAAAUUACUAAUUAACCUAAUUCCGCAAGAUUAUAUUUCAUACGCGUGCAUAAAGAUGACAAAACGCGCUUCGGACACCUCCAUGGGCAAGCUUAACGCGACGCUAUAAAGCACAUUUAUGUGGUAAACAGCUUCGUGCGGAAAACAAACAUAGUUACGCCAUUUCAGGUAACUACGCCCGUUCAUUUAUUUCACUUAUGCUAAUUUUUUACACGCUUUCGUAUUUAAUGCUCUCGCGCACGCUUAUCUAUUAAACAUUGCUCUUUUUGGCGCAGCACUCGCGGCUCCUCUCAGCAGCAUGCGAAUUCCAAAUUUAAUUUCCGCCAAAGAUUCGCUGCAAAAUCCGCUAGGAUUCAGCCGUUCCGAAAAUACAUAUCCGACGUGGCGAUUAAAAAGUUAUAAAAAGUGUACUUUUAUUUUGCAAAUACAGUCUUCAUCUCCCACGCGAGUCCGCACGCAAAUGCCACGUAAUACUGCUCGCAUAUCUUCCGUCGUACAUAUCUUUGAUACACCUGUUGCACACGAUUCAUGGAUUUGUCAGGGAAUAACCCUUAAAUGAUAGCGUAAGACGACCACGAUAUCUGUUUUAGACGUAUCAAAUUUGCUUUACGAAAUUCCUCGCGCAUACGCGUAACGUUACCUCGGUGAAGUGUUAUCGUCAUCUAACGCGAAUAAUUUUCUCUGUCUAUCGCGCAACGUUACACGUUCCAUAAAUUGGGGUAUUCUGAGCAUUCCGCUUGAAUUUUAUUGAGUCCAUUUAUCAUCAUACCACGGCGAUGAAAAACACAUUUUUCGACGCGCAUUGAAUAACCGUGUUCGUUUCAAUGUAUCUUUCGGUCGGGUACUUUUUAUCACCUCUGUAUAAAAAUGUUGUAUUUUUAUUUGAAAUUUUAUAUGUGUCGCACACACGAGAAAUAAUCUUUCCUUAUCUAUAUCUCUAGACAGGUGCCUGGAUAUGCACCUUUUACGGAAGUGUCGAUUCUUACUUUUAUCGCAAUAUAGGAUACUGUGUAAUUUAUAUUAAGACAUUGGACGUUGCAACUCAGCGGCAUCGAAUUAAUUACUCGCGCAAAGAUUGAAAUUGCGCGUCACGAAAAAGGAUGAAAGAAAAAAAAUAAUAAAUACGAAGGCGUUCUACAUCUCCUGAAGUAUUCGAGGAACAUCCGGAAAUUUUCCGCUGCGAGAAAUGUGUAAUAAAGUAGAAUAAGAUUCGAUCGACUUUAUAGAUGGACGCUGC